GCCGUCGACACACGGGGGUGCGGACACUCGCGGGACGGGAACAACAGAGCGACGGCACGGACAGAUUAGCACCCCUCUCGUCUGGCUGCUUAGUUCGUCCACCGGCCCCCAGAUGGCAGGCGGCCUGGAGAGCUCCUCAGAAGCGGCCCUCACGCCCGUCGAGCUGAUGCUCCGCUACCUCGAGUCGCUGCCACAGGAGUUCAGUUUCCGCGAAGAGGUGCGCUCGCCCAAGUUCUGGAAGGCGCUCCGGGCGGAGUUUCUGGCGUCGCUACUGCUGAUGAUCUUCCUCGGUGGAUGCGGCGGGGGUGGAGUUGGAGUCACAGGAGUCGGAGUCGGAGUCGGAGUCGGCAGCGGCGGCGGAGCUGGAGUAAGGACAGACACCACAUACAGCUCCAGUCCGGGUGCAGAGAGCAGCCCUCUCCCGUCCAACUGCUCUUCCCCGUGCCGCCCUCCCACCUCAGACGGUGGCGCGGCAGUCCGACUCGCCCUGGCCUACUGCCUCACCACAGCCACGCUGAUCCAGUGCUUCGGGAACGUGUCGGGCGCCCAGACCAACCCGGCCGUGACGCUGAGUCUGCUGGUGACCCGGUACAUCUCUCCGCUGAGGGCGUCCGCCUAUGUGACCGUGCAGCUGGCCGGCGCGCUGGCCGGCGCGCUGAUCGUGCUAGGGCUGACCCCGCCCGACUGGCCCGACCAGCCCCAGGUUCUGUCUGUUGCUGAGGGCGUCACGCUGACGCAGGCGUUCGGUGUCGAGUUUCUGGCCACGUUUCUGGUCGUGGUGACCACUCUGGCCGUUCUGGACCCGGUGCGGGCAGACGUCGGCUGCAAGGCGCUCUCCAUCGGCCUGGCCUACGGACUCGGCGUCCUCUUUGCGUUCCAGAGGACCGGUGCGUGUCUGAACCCGGCUCGGGCGCUGGGACCGGCGCUGGUGAAUAACGUCUGGCGAGAUCACUGGGUGUACUGGGUGGGCACGCUGUUCGGCGGCCUGCUGGGCGGCUUCACCUACGAGUUCGUGCACGACUCAUCCCCCCACGGUCGGCUGCUGCACCGCUCGUUCCGGAGGAAGCGCGGCGGCCCGCCGGUCAGCCGGGGCGCCUCGUCCCUGGGCCGCGACCUGAGCGGCCUGAGCGCGGCCACCUCUGAGCUGCUUCAGCACCCCGGGCCAGAGGAUAUCUCCACCGUCAGCCGACACUGAGGCGGCGGCGCCAGCUUCGGAAACUUUGGGCGUUCACGUGAUAGAUCUCGUAGGAAUUUGAAAAAAGAAGACAUCUUCCUAUCGAGUUUGACAGUAUUAUGUUGAUAUUUGGAAAAAGUCAUAAGGUUUGAUGGCUUUCCAGUUUCCAAAGUCAUGUCGUGUAUGAGCGAGCGGCAUCGAAUAUGUGAGGCGUGCCCAGACUAACGGCAUUCACUAUAUCAACGUCUUUCGCCGAUGGCUUCUUCAUCGUUCCAGUCAUCAGGCAAUCCGAUCUCAUCAUGUAGAUGAAAUGAUAACAUUCCUUCGCUAUUCGCGACAGAUGUAACCGCAUUACAUCUCACAUUCAUUUCUGUGUCAACAAUGUGCUUCAUUGCUAUGCUAAGUGUGUUGCGCUUGCAAUAACGGUUGUAAAUAAACUUCAUUCU